AUGAACUGCGAGGCGCAACCGAUCAUUGCAGCUCAGAUGCGAUCUCAGUAGGAGAGUAUGAUGCACUUAUCUGAGUACGGUCAAGGAUUGUAUUUUCAAAUGAAGCUGCUCAGGCGCGCGACGGGACUAUUUAACGUGCCUAUAUCCCCGUUACAUGGUGAUGAUAGCUAUAUUCCCAACGACAUACUCUCAGAUGUGGGGCAUCACUGUUCCUUAUAUCAUUCCAACUUGACUUGAAAGGUUUCGCCUGGUCUCUCUCGAUCCUAUCGGACUAUCAAAAACAAUGCCUGAAAACCAAGCUGCCUGGCUCACCGGCAAGAAGGUCAAGCCUCUGGAGGUUCGAUCCGCAGCUUACACGCCGCCUGGUGAGAAUGAGAUCGUCAUCCACAACCGAGCCGUGGCCGUCAACCCCGUCGACUGGAUCAAACAGGACAUUGGCGACUUCAUGUACGAAUGGGUCAAGUACCCGAUGAUCCUAGGCAACGAUGUUGCAGGUGACGUGGUCGAAGUUGGCUCCGGCAUCAGUGCAGCCCGAUUCAAGGUCGGAGACCGCGUCCUUGGGCACGCAGUCGGCCUCGACAAGCGAAGCAACAGGACUUCGGAAGCUGCUUUCCAACACUACGUCGUCCUGAGGGCUAAUCUCACUUCAACGAUCCCCGACUUCAUCAGCUUCGAGCAGGCCUGUGUGGUGCCCCUCGGUGCAUCGACUGCCGCUUCUGGCCUCUUCGACAAAGACUUUCUCAACUUGCAGCUACCGAGGCUCGACGCAAAGCCAAAAGGCGAGACGCUCUUGGUCUGGGGUGGAUCGACAAGCGUGGGCUGCAAUGCGAUCCAGCUCGCUGUUGGUGCAGGGUACGAAGUCAUUGCAACGGCGUCGCCCAAGAACUUCGGAUACCUCAAGACCCUCGGCGCAAAAGAGGUAUUCGAUUACCGCAGCGCCACCGUCGUCCAAGAUAUCAUCGCGGCAUUCCGGGGACGAAUCUCCGCCGGCGCCAUCGCCAUCGGGGCCAACUCCCUCGUUCCCUGUGUCGACAUCAUCGCGGCAUCAAAGGGACGGAAGUUUGUUGCACAGGCUAGCGCUGCCGGGACCGGGAAACCGCCUACCAGCACGACUGCGCUGGUGUCCAUGCUGUGGGCGCUGGCUUCUGAAAGUGUUACAGUCUCUGUCAAGGGCAAGCUUUCUGGGGUUCGAAGCAAGUUUAUCUGGGGAAGCGACGUGAUGGCGACCGAGGUUGGCGCGGCCAUUUAUCAAGACUACUUACCUGACGCCAUGGCUCAGGGCAAGUUCACUCCGGCACCAAAGGCGGAGGUCGUUGGAAAUGGCCUCGGAUCAAUCCAAGAGGCGUUUGGAAUAAGUUACAAGGGGGUGUCUGCGAAAAAAGUGGUUGUUUCUCUCUGAAUACCCACAGCCAAUUUCGGUUUUCUGUCUGUGCUGCAUUGUUCAUGUUCUUAUCCGGUUGGUGACCCAUCGUACCAAGCAAAUGUUUUUAGUUUAGAGGCUGUUUCGGUCAUUGCUCAGUGAAACAGUGGGAUCUCUGAAUGUUUUGUCCAUUGAUAGAUCUACUGCUGAAGCCUGUGUUUCUGCAGUUUCUGAUUCGGUUGAAAUCUAAUUCUUUGUAACUCCCAUCGACAGCCCCUACCGUUACUUUGAUCCCUGGCGCCGAGCAAAGCCUAGCCAAGAUCCGCCCAAUAGGAAGAAGAAGAAUACGUACCAAGCUUUUCUUAGCGAUCAGAUGCCAAUACCUACUGGUAGGUUCGUCGCAUUUACCCCAACGGGAGCUUCGCUCGACACUGAUCAUCUGCCGGCGUACCUAGUUUACCAACUACCGUAGUAC